GCGGAAAGCUCCAGAACUUGUGAUCUGUGGCAGCGAAGUGGUCUCUUGGUUUCUGUUCGAAGGCUCGUUUCAGUGAGGGCGAUAUUGAGAAGGUCACGAUGGCGAACAAUGUCCAAAACAAGCAGGUCAUCCUCAAAGACUUCGUCUCUGGCUUUCCGAAGGAGUCCGAUAUGCUCAUCACCACUUCCUCUGUCAAUUUGAAGCUUCCGGAAGGUUCCAAUGGCGUUUUGGUGAAGAACCUCUAUCUUUCUUGCGACCCCUACAUGCGAGGCCGUAUGUCCAAACCAUUAGUUUCCUCUUAUGUUGAUUCCUUUCAGCCUGGGUUGCCAAUCAGCGGAUAUGGAGUUUCAAAAGUUAUUGAUUCUAGGAAUCAAAACUUCAGAGAGGGUGAUCUAGUCUGGGGAUCAACUGGGUGGGAAGAAUACAGUGUGAUCAGUUCGCCGGAGUUACUGUUUAAGAUCCAACAUAAAGAUCUGCCUCUUUCAUAUUAUACUGGGAUACUUGGUAUGCCUGGUAUGACUGCUUAUGCGGGAUUUUAUGAGAUCUGUGCCCCUAAGAAAGGGGAGACUGUAUUUGUAUCAGCUGCAUCUGGAGCUGUGGGUCAGCUUGUUGGGCAAUUUGCUAAGCUGAUGGGUUGCUAUGUUGUGGGAAGUGCAGGAAGCAAAGAAAAGGUUGACUUGCUCAAGAGCAAGUUUGGAUUUGAUGAGGCUUUCAACUACAAAGAAGAAACCAACUUGGAUGCUGCUUUGAAAAGGUAUUUUCCAGAGGGUAUUGAUAUGUACUUUGAGAACGUAGGCGGCAAGAUGCUGGAUGCAGUGUUACUCAACAUGAGGAUCCAUGGCAGAAUCGCUGUGUGUGGAAUGAUUUCACAGUACAACCUUGAUAAGCCUGAAGGUGUACACAAUCUGAUGCAUCUUGUGAUCAAACGGAUUCGGAUGGAAGGUUUCCUGGUUAAUGAUCAUUACCACCUUUACCCCAAGUUCUUGGAGACAGUGAUCCCCCUCAUCAAAGAGGGCAAGAUUGUUUACGUGGAGGACAUUGUUGAAGGUAUCGAGAAUGCUCCUUCAGCUCUCAUUGGCCUCUUCUAUGGCCGCAAUGUUGGGAAACAAGUGGUGGUGGUCGAUCGACAGUUAUUUUUGACCAAUCAAAGCUUGUGAUUGCUCUGUUGCAAAUUGUCUACAAAUUGCAUUUGAGGUUAAUUUGGCUUUUAAGAUAUGAAGUUUUCAAAACGAGGUAAGUUAUGGUGGAAGGGGAAGCAAUCAUGAAUUUAAAUAGUUUAUACAAUAAGUAAUAAUUUUUGAGUGCUUUCUUAUUCAGAAAUAGUUUU